AUGGAAUAUUUUGACUCAAUGGGAUAUUUGAUCAUUACAUUCAACUACAAUGUUACUGUAAUUGGCAAAAUCUGGUUAACACUGAUGAUCCUUCUAAGGAUGGUGAUGGUUGUUCUUGCUGGAUACCCACUCUACCAAGAUGAACAAGAGCGAUUCAUCUGCAACACAUUACAGCCCGGUUGUUCCAAUGUCUGCUAUGAUAUUUUCUCUCCCAUGUCCAACAUGAGAUAUUGGCUUAUUCAGACUGUCACGGUCUUCUUACCCUAUGCUUUAUUCAGCGUCCAUGUCUUCCAUAAGGUGAUGACAUAUAUGGCAACAUCAAAUGACAACUGUCGAAAAAGUAACUCUUCCACCUAUCAUGGAGUGGGUUUACAAAUGGAAAUACUUGAUUUCUCACAAGCUUAUCUUGUCCACAUAGUGUUAAAAAUUUUAUUGGAACUUGGGUUUGGCGUUGGUCAAUACUUUCUUUUUGGCAUCUUAGUUCCAAGUAGAUUCAGCUGUUCUCAGGAACCAUGCACCAAUAAUGUUGAUUGCUAUAUCUCAAGACCAACUGAAAAGUCCCUUAUGAUGAUUUUCAUUUGGGGUACUGGCAUUGUUUCUCUGAUUUUGAGUUUUGUUGAUCUGAUUUGUAUCUUUCAUAGAAGAAGCUAUUCAGAGAAAAUUAAAAAGCAGCUACUGCUCCUCGAAAACGAUUCUCUAAAAGGUGGUUGCUGUUCAGAAACUCCUCCACACACAAAGCUAGCUGUGACUUCAGACCAGAUGGUCAUCUACCCCAACUGCCCUUCCCACAACCUUGAAAAAGCAUGCGAACAAGUCAAAGGUGACUCCCAUUCCUUGCCUUCAUUAGAAGGGGAAACCGCUUCAUUUCAGACUGAAAGCUCUCGUCAAGACGUGGGAAAGUCUAAUAUGAAUGCAAACAGUAAUAAGACCUGCUCCUGGCAAGUGAACGUGGUAUCAACUGGAAGCAAUACAUUUGGAAAUGAACAUCAUCUGCUCACCCAAAGGCAAGCAAGGGCUAAGAAAGUAAAUUGCAGUAAUCACAGUCUGGCGGAUGGAUCACAAAUGGACAAAAACUCUGGAUCAAAAAACAAAAAAUCAGAGUGGGUCUAA